AUGGAUCACAUACUGGUGGUGUUCAUGUUGCUCUGGAGCUCAGGUCUCCAGAGAGAGGAAGAUCACACUUUUAAAGAGACUGAUGACAUCCGCUUGGUGGGAGGAUCCAGCCGCUGUUCUGGUUUGCUGCAGGUGAAACGCCAGGGAGUUUGGAGACAGGAGGAUGACCGUGGCUGGGACCUGAAGUUAGCAGAUGAAGUUUGUAGACAGCUGGACUGUGGUUCUGUGGUUCGGGCUUCCUCAAGUUUUCAAAAACCUUCAUGGAGAAUCAAACCUUCCUGUAUUAAUUUUAAAUCUAGACCGAGGAAAUGUUUGACAAAAAGGUCCUCGCAUCUUCUCACCAGUUUGGAGAUCUCCUGCUCAGACUCUGUCAGGCUGGUUAAUGGGACUAGUCUGUGUUCAGGCAGACUGGAGGUGAAGUCUAACCAGUCGUGGUCCUCAGUGUGUGAAGAUGACUUUAACCAGCAGGAUGCAGAGGUGGUCUGUAGGGAGCUUGGCUGUGGGGCUCCUUCAGUCCUCCAGGGGACUGUUUAUAGACAAAUGCGAGUGCCAGUGUGGACCAAAGAGUUCCAGUGUGAAGGCCAUGAGUCUGCUCUCCUGGAUUGUCAGAUUGACAGCUCAGGCUCAGCUAGAGACACCUGCUCAUCUGGCAAAGCUGUUGAACUCACCUGCUCAGAGCCCAAUAAUGUUCGGUUGGUGGGAGGAUCCACUCGCUGUGCUGGUGAACUGGAGGUCAAACACCAGGGACGGUGGGAAGAGGUGGACGACCAAACAUCUGACUGGAAUCUAAAGACAGCAGAUGUUGUGUGUGAACAACUGGACUGUGGCUCUGCUGUUUAUACAGGGAAGAUAAUGAAUAACUAUUACAAAACAAUAUGGCAAAUUAGAUCAACUUGUCUUCGGUCCAUGUCUGCAGUUAGGGAAUGUGUGUUUACAUCGCUUGACACUUCACUUUCCAACCUGGAGAUCAAGUGCUCAGGAUCUGUCAGGCUGGUUAAUAGGGCUAGUCCAUGUUCCGGCAGACUGGAGGUGAAGUCUAACCAUUUGUGGUCCUCAGUGUGUGAAGAUGACUUUGACCAGCAGGAUGCAGAGGUGGUCUGCAGGGAGCUUGGCUGUGGGGCUCCUUCAGUCCUCCAGGGGGCGCUGUAUGGAGAGGUGGAGCCCCCAGUGUGGUCAAAAGAGUUCCAGUGUGGAGGCCAUGAGUCUGCUCUCCUGGACUGUGGAAGCUCAGGCUCAGCUAGAGACACCUGCUCAUCUGGCAAAUCUGUUGAACUCACAUGUUCAGAGCCUGAUGACGUCCGGUUGGUUGGAGGAGCCAGCCGCUGUGUCGGUAGACUACAGAUGAAACGGAAGGGAGAGUGGAGACCAGUGGCUGAUUCCACCUUUAACUGGGACCUGGUGUCUGCAGCUUUAGUGUGUAGGCAGCUGGACUGUGGCUCUGCUCUUUCAACAGAAAGAAGAGAUGAUUUAGGAAACCGCAAAGCCUGGAUAAUUGUAUCUGCCUGUGGUCCGUCUGAGUCUGCAAUCAGAGAGUGUGCAUUCAUAUCGCACCGGACUCAUUUUUUGUCAGCGCAUAGCCUGAAAGUCAUCUGCUCAGGAUCUGUCAGGCUGGUUAAUGGGACUAGUCCAUGUUCUGGCAGACUGGAGGUGGAGUCUAACCAGUUGUGGUCCUCAGUGUGUGAAGAUGACUUUAACCAGCAGGAUGCAGAGGUGGUCUGUAGGGAGCUUGGCUGUGGGGCUCCUUCAGUCCUCCAGGGGGCGCUGUAUGGAGAGGUGGAGCCCCCAGUGUGGUCAAAAGAGUUCCAGUGUGGAGGCCAUGAGUCUGCUCUCCUGGACUGUGGAAGCUCAGGCUCAGCUAGAGACACCUGCUCAUCUGGCAAAGCUGUUGAACUCACCUGCUCAGAGCCUGAUGACGUCCGGUUGGUUGGAGGAGCCAGCCGCUGUGUCGGUAGACUUGAGAUGAAACAUUUUGGAGAGUGGAGACCAGUAGCUGAUUCCUCCUCUAACUGGGACCUGAUGUCAGCGUCUUUAGUAUGCAAGCAGCUGGACUGUGGCUAUCCUCUUUCAACAGGAAGAAGAGAGGAUUUGCACAACCAAGAUGCGUGGAUAAUAGCAUCUUAUAUUCUGGCUCGGCCAAACAUCUCCUUCUCUGCCUACACUGACGGGGAUUCUGAGGCCAAGCAGCAGGGGCUUCAGGUGCUCAUGGGCUCCACCUUCACCAUCAGCUGCUCCAUCCUGCCACAGUAUCCUGGAGGCUCCUUCCAGCUUAUCUUCAACAACUCCAACACAACACAGAACUACACCCUGCCAGCUGUCAAUCACUCUGCCCAUUUCCUGUUCUCUGCUGCAGACCACACCCACCAAGGGAACUACAGCUGUGUUUAUCACUUCGAUGUUUUCUACCAUAACUUCUCUUCUGAGAGCCAGCCACUCCAUCUCACUGUCUCAGAGUCUGUCAGGCUGGUUAAUGGGACUAGUCUGUGUUCAGGCAGACUGGACGUGAAGUCUAACCAGUCGUGGUCCUCAGUGUGUGAAGAUGACUUUAACCAGCAGGAUGCAGAGGUGGUCUGUAGGGAGCUUGGCUGUGGGGCUCCUUCAGUCCUCCAGGGGACUGUUUAUAGACAAAUGCGAGUGCCAGUGUGGACCAAAGAGUUCCAGUGUGAAGGCCAUGAGUCUGCUCUCCUGGAUUGUCAGAUUGACAGCUCAGGCUCAGCUAGAGACACCUGCUCAUCUGGCAAAGCUGUUGAACUCACCUGCUCAGAGCCUGAUGACGUCCGGUUGGUUGGAGGAGCCAGCCGCUGUGUCGGUAGACUUGAGAUGAAACAUUUUGGAGAGUGGAGACCAGUAGCUGAUUCCUCCUCUAACUGGGACCUGAUGUCAGCGUCUUUAGUAUGCAGGCAGCUGGACUGUGGCUAUCCUCUUUCAACAGGAAGAAGAGAGGAUUUGCACAACCAAGAUGCGUGGAUAAUAGCAUUUUGUAUUCCGUUUUACUCUGCAAUUAGAGAAUGUCCUUUCCAUUCGUUCGGGUAUGAUUCUAAUAGAAGGGUUCUAAGUCUGGAAGUCACCUGCUCAGAUAUUCUGGCUCAGCCAAACAUCGCCUUCACUGACGGGGAUUCUGAGGCCAAGCAGCAGGGGCUUCAGGUGCUCAAGGGCUCCAACUUCACCAUCAGCUGCUCCAUCCUGCCACAGUAUCCAGAAGGCUCCUUCCAGCUUAUCUUCACCAACUCCAACACAACACAGAACUACACCCUGCCAGCUGUCAAUCACUCUGCCCAUUUCCUGUUCUCUGCUGCAGACCACACCCACCAAGGGAACUACAGCUGUGUUUAUCACUUCUAUGUUUUCUACCAUAACUUCUCUUCUGAGAGCCAGCCACUCCAUCUCACUGUGUCAGCCUCUUCACCAGAUCUGAUCAUUGGGCUGGUUGUCCUAGUGCUGAUUGUGGUCUUCAGUGCUGGUCUGUUUUUCUACUGCAAGGCCAGAAAAAGCCAGAGGCUGGGACGAGAGGAGAACACUGAGAUUAAUGAGUAUGUUCUUAUGAGGUCCAGUACUGAAGACUGACUAGAUAAAGAUGCUGGAGCCCAGAGGAAAGAGUAGUAUCUCCAAGGUGGUUGUUUCACAUUCAGAUAUAAGAAAAUUGAAAACAGUGUUUUAAAACAGCAAUAAGGCUUUUUUUCCCCUCUCACCAAUUUCUUUCUGCUCUGU